ACGCUGGUGUAAAGAAGCUGCGCACAUGGAUGGAUGGAUAUUAUUUGAAUCAUCUCGACGUAAACUAUGGAUAGGCCUGUGUUUGGGUUUCAGGAGCACCACUAUGCUUUUACUGGUGUUAACGUUGAUGGUUACCACAGUUACAAACGCUCUGGAGGUCAUUGGAGGAAGAACGACAACGGUGCAGGGAGGAGCAGCUGUCCUCCCCUGUAAACUCAUUGAUACCACAGAGACCCUCACACAGAUUUCAUGGCAGAGAUUGACCAGAGGAAAACCUCGGACGGACAAUUUCUAUACAAUCUCGUCCGGCGGACCGAACUAUAUCAAUGGCCAUGAUUAUCGGUUUGAGUAUAUUGGGAGUUUUACAGACAAAAAUGGUACUCUCCUGUUAUCGAAUGUCACACUGAUGGAUGAAGGCACCUACACAUGUAUGUUCACUUUGUUCCCCAGCGGGAUCCACGAGACAGCGAUACCUCUUAAAGUUCAUGUGCCUCCGGUCACAAGCCUGAAGGAUGCUCAUCCUGCUUUGGGUAACGACGAGGUGCCUCUUAUUACCUGCACGGCUGCUGGUUCCAAACCUCCUGCAGAGGUGAGGUGGCUCACUGGUACUCUGGGAGAGAAAGUGAGGCCGUCAACCAACUCCAACCUUCAUGCUAAUGGUACGACUACCACAGUCAGCUGGCUGUUUGGAGCGCCUACCAGAGAACUCGACGAUCGUUCAGUCCAGUGUGUCAUCACCAGUCCUGCUCUAGAGAGAGAAGAAACCCUGACCUCCACCAUACAUAUCCACUCUCCUCCUCUGGAAGUGAAGAUCACUGAAAGGCCGGCACACUCCUUUGAAUGUCUCACAGAGGCCUAUCCAGCUGCAAGCUUUACUUGGACAAGAUCUGAGCAGUCGUGGCCUCAGUCCGGGGUCCGAGUUGACGGUUCAACGCUGCAGUUUCUGAGCAUCACCUCCGAGCUGAACGGCCUCUACCAGUGCGAGGCGUCGAACCUUUACGGGAGUAAACGUGCUUACCUCCGUGUGCAUUUCACCUCAGGAUCCAGCGCUGCCAGUUGGACCCUCUUUGUUCUUCUGCUCGUCCUCGUUGUUGCUGCUGUCUUCUGUUGCUUUUAUAAACGUAUGGAAAUUGCAAGAUUUAUACUACGGGAAGAAGGCGGCACACGAGGCAAGAUGCAAAAGGUUCCAACGACUUCCAGCUCACCUGACGGCCAUGACAGAGUAGAAGAAGAGGGAGGGGAAACAGAGGGACCACUUUGAAAUCAGCAACAAAAGAGGAUCACAGCUGGACUGCAGGUGAUUUGCAGACUUCCAACACUUUUCAUUCCUGACGCAGCCGGCUAGUGAAAAUAGGCAGCAUUCCUGGUGCUUUACAUUUUGUUGAUGUCAUUGGGUUUUAAAAAUACCCAAUUUCUCAAUUCAGAUACAUUUAUUAUUAUUUACUUACUUACUUAUUAUAGUAUUUAAAGUUAUUGUUGUCAAAUAUUACAACUUAACAGCUAGUAGCAUUAUCAAAAAAAAUAAUGUCAAAAAUAAACCUGAAGGUUAAGAGCUUUUCUGAAGAGUCACCAAAAUAUGAAAGUCAGCUACAAUGUUGAUGUAGAACUAACAAGGCAAAAUUGGAAAAAAGAAAGGAAACCGUUUAACUGUCACCAGAAAUGCAAAGCAGUUUUUAAACAUGGAGGACUGUGGCUUUAACCGUCAGCCUGCCUUAACUGCCAUCAGGUACUCUGUUUUCCCACCAACAGUAUAAACUGCUGGUCACAGCAAAUGAGUAUGAAGCAUGUGUACAUGCACACAGAACAGAACAGGUUUUGUUUUUGUGUCUUUUUGCCAAUCUAAGUAGUGCCUAUAAACGAGGUGAUCCUUACAGGAAAAGUUGAAGCACUAACAAGCCUUACCCAGCAUUUUGUAGUCAGGCUAUCAGUCUGCUGCUGUGACUUUUCAUAGAGUUAAACAACUGAAAUACAAAUUCAAGCAGCUAAAUGAUGUUGUUUACAGGUCAUUAGCACUUCAGUUACAAAGCUGCUAAGAGGAGCUUUCAUUUUGUGUUCAAUUUGACUACUAUCCCCUGGUGGCUAAAAUGGGAACAGAUUUGUGUGAGAUGUUUUUUAUCUUUCCAUGGCUAUUUAAGAUUGUAACUGUGAUAACAAAAUGCAGUUAUUCAUUAUGUUAUGUUAUGUUAUGUUAUCAUCAAUGUAUGCAAUUGCUUAGGAAGGUCAACCAGAAUUUGAUGUUACAUGUUAUGGUAUAGGACUCUGAAAACUCUGAAAACAUCACAGACAGUGGGACUCGGGUGUUACACCCACUGUAGACAGUCAUGACUCACAGAGUUAUUUUCAGAGGAUAUACUUGAUUUAUAUAUUUAAGUGAAGAAUGUUUUUUUAGUAACAUGGUGCUAAACAGUAGAGUGUUCUUUUAGACUGAUAGCUGCAGUGUGUUUUUUUUUACUAAAGUCCUGUAAAGCCUUGCUUA